CACAUCACACACACAAGGAUUAGUUGUAAACUAAGAACUCCAGCAGUAUAAGUUGAAUUUACUUCUUUUAGUCUUCCAAAAAGACAGCAAGUUCUGCCUUUUGCACAAGAAUGGUAACCAGAAACAGACUUAGAAAUUUCCCACCCUCAAAGACAACUAAAAAUAGUGAUACAUCUUUAAAAGAACCAGAGCAAUUGUUAGAUUUGACUAGGAAACUGGAAAUAAUAUAUGAAAAAGCAAGACUUUCUGGUAUUGAUAUUAAUAUGGUCCACUGUCUUGUUAGAUCACAUCUGCAACUUACUGAAGAGAGGAAGCUGACAAUGGUUAUAUGGCAAUGGAAGAAAACACUACAUCACAUUAUCGUCAUUGCAUUCACCCUUUGUCUUGUUCUUUCACCAACAUUUCAGGAUUGGCUUCAUAACUCACCAUGUUUGCUUGAAAACAAUGAAAUCCUGAUGGAAGUAUUGAGACCAGCUUCAAACUGUGAAGAGCUGUGUCUUGGAAUGGAUUCAGUGCCAACAGAAUUUAACAUCAGCACAGAAAACUUCAUGCAAAAAUAUGCAUAUACUGGACAUCCUGUUUUGAUCAAAAAUGCUACAACUAACUGGACAGCUCUGAAGAUGUUCAAUUUCAACUUCUUCCAUAAACUUUUUAGUUCAAGACUGAGCCAUUUGGAAGAAUGCAUGUUUUUCCCAUACAACACUAAUUUUACAAGUUUUGCUCAGUUCUUAGGAAUGCCCCUGGCCAGGGCUCGGUUUGAUCCUGGUCAAUUACCUUGGUAUGUUGGAUGGAGCAAUUGUGAUCCAGAAAUUUCUGUUGAAUUGAGGAAGCAUUAUGAGAAACCUUAUUUUCUGCCAGGGGAUUCAGAAACAACUUCAGUGGAUUGGAUUUUUAUGGGUGGAUUUGGCAAGGGUGCUCACAUUCAUAUUGAUGCAGUAAAACGCCCAUCAUGGCAAGCUAUGAUAGCUGGUAAGAAAACAUUUAUGCUUAUUGUUCCUCCGGAGUGUGAACAUUUAUGCAAAUAUACUCUGAAUGUUACCAUGGAAACUGGAGAUAUUCUUAUAUUGGACACCAAUCAGUGGUAUCAUUCUACUUACAUCCAUCUUAAAGAGGUGAGUAUUGCUAUCGGAUCAGAGUAUGACUGAAAUAAUCUUAUUUCAUGUGAUUGGCUGAAGAUCAAUGCCAACCACAUUAGAUUUCAUAGCAAAGGAUUUAAAAAAAAAAAAAAAAAAGGCUGGGUCAGA